GACUCUCCCCUCCCCGUUUACAAGUCAUGAUGGCGGAACUGUAGAGCUCAGGACGAGCAGGAGUGCACCGCCCGUCCGCGUUUGGCAAUUGUAUAUAGUUAUUUAUUUAUUCAGACAACUUCACAUCCUCCCCCGACAUGACCCGUUGGAUUCCUACUAAAAAAGAGAAGUACGGAGUCGCAAUCUACAACUAUGAGGCGAGUGGUGAGCUGGAGCUGUGUCUGCAGGUGGGGGACACGGUGCACAUACUUGAGAAAUUGGAAGGCUGGUAUAGGGGUUACACACUACGCAAGAAAUCGCAUAAGGGCAUUUUCCCAGCUUCCUACAUCCACUUAAAGGACGCUACGGUUGAGGGAACAGGCCAGCAGGAAAUAAUUACUCCAGCCGAUUUGCCCCUGGUGCAGGAGCUCGGGGCUACUCUGAGAGAAUGGGCACAGAUAUGGCACAAGCUCUACAUGGCGAACAAGACAAAACCAUUCAGGAGUGUUACGCAGAUGGCGUACAGCCUCAUCGAAUAUCGAUCUCAGAUAGUGUCAGGAACGCUGCCUAAGGAUGACCUUGUGGAGCUCAGAAAGAAAGUCACAGCUAAGAUUGAUUACGGAAACCGGAUUCUGGGGUUGGACCUGGUGGUGCGAGAUGAAGCAGGAAACACUCUGGAUCCGGACUGGACCAGCACGGUCAGUCUGUUCCGGGCACACGAGACCGCCUCCCGCAGUGUGGAUGACAGGAUACUAGAAGAGAAGACGCGGCUACAAAACCUGGAGAUGAGGCGUCAGACCCUUUUCAGUACUGUGCACACCUACAGUCUACUCAUGAACCUGAAGAACUUUGUAUGCAACAUUGGAGAGGAUGCUGAGCUGCUAAUGUCUCUGUACGACCCCGACCAGUCUGAAUUCAUCAGUGAGAACUUCCUGGUGCGCUGGGAUAGUACGGGGAUGCCUAAAGAAAUUGAAAAACUCAACAACCUGCCAGCGCUAUUCACGGACCUGAGCAGCAGUGACUUGAUGCGACAGCGCCUCUUCCUCGUGUGUCAGAUCAUAAGAGUGGGCAGCAUGGAGCUCAAAGAGGGCAAGAAACACACAGGAGGACUGAGAAGGCCCUUUGGUGUAGCUGUGAUGGAUGUUACAGACGUCGCCCAUGGCAAAACAGACGAUGAGGACAAGCAGCAUUUCAUCCCCUUCCAGCAGAUAGCCAUGGAAACCUACAUCCGUCAGCGGCAGCUCAUCAUGUCUCCGCUUAUCCCAUCUCGAGUCAUCGGAGAGAACGAGCCGGUCACUGCUGUCUUCAACAAAGUCAUUGCAACACGGGAGGUCAAUCACAAAGGCCAGGGACUCUUUGUGACCCUGAAGCUCCUCCCGGGGGAUCUCGCCCAAGUCAGGAAGGACUACCCCCACUUUGUCGACCGCAGCACAGCUAUCGUCAGGAAAAUGGGCUUCCCAGAAAUCAUCCUCCCAGGAAUCGUGAGGAAUGAUAUUUACGUAACGUUGCUACAGGGAGAGUUUGACCGCGGUAAAAAGAAGACCCCGAAAAACGUAGAGCUCAUACUCAGUGUGCACGAUGAUGAAGGCAAUUCCAUCGAGAAAGUGAUAUUUCCUGGGGCCGGGUACGAUGGCAUCUCAGAGUACAAGUCUGUCAUUUACUACCAGGUGAAGCAGCCUUGUUGGAAUGAAACGGUGAAGGUGACAAUUCCCAUUGAAGACGUCUGCCGCUGUCACCUGAGGGUGAUGUUUCGACACCGAUCCUCCCAGGACUCGAGGGAUAAAUCAGAGAAGCCCUUCGGUAUGGCCUUCGUCCGGCUCAUGAGAGGAGAUGGGACCACGCUGAAAGAUGGCAGGCAUGGACUUAUCGUCUAUAAGGUUGAUGUGAAAAAGGCGGAGGAUGCAAAGGUUUAUCUCACCUUGCCAGCGACUUGUGCUGAGGUGGAGGAGAAGGAGAAACAAACAGGGAAGACGUUCCACCAUUCAGGAGUGAUUCCUGUGACUAAAGACAGCUUCCAGAUCGCCACGCUCACCUGCUCCACUAAACUCACUCAGAACGUGGAUUUGCUUGGCCUGUUGAACUGGAGGUCUAAGCCUGAGGACCUGGACCAGAUUCUGCAGAGGCUGAUGGAAGUCGAGGGAGGAGAGAUUGUAAAAUUUCUCCAGGACACACUCGAUGCUCUGUUCAACAUCAUGAUGGAGACUUCAGAGAAGGACACUUAUGAUACGCUGGUGUUUGAUGCCUUGGUAUUUAUAAUCACACUUAUUGGCGACAUCAAAUUCCAGCACUUCAAUCCAGUCCUGGAAACCUACAUCAACAAGCACUUCAGUGCCACUCUGGCCUACAUGAAGCUAACCAGGGUGCUGAACUACUACGUGGGCCAUGCAGAGGAGUCCGUCCUGAGCGAGAGGCUGUACGCAGCACUCAAAGCUCUCAAAUACCUGUUCAGGUUUAUUGUCCAGUCCCGGGUCCUCUAUCUCAGAUUCUACGGGAACAGUGAGGAUGGUGACGCUUUCUUCAACUCCAUUCGCACCCUUUUCCUGUCUUUCAACACUCUCAUGGACAGACCUCUAGACGAGGGUGUGAAGAUAAAAGGAGCAAUAUUGAAAUACCUUCCCAGCAUCAUUAAUGACAUCCAGUCUGCGUUUGAUCCUGUGGAACUCAGCGUUCUCCUAGCGAAGUUCAUUGAGAGCAUUCCUGACUCUCAGCUUGUGCGUCAAAAGCUGGGCUGCUUGUGUAAAAUGGUGGAGAGUGACCUUUUCAGGCAGCCAGAUUGUCGAGAUGUGUUUCUGCCACUUGUUACUGACCAGCUGAGUGGGCAGCUGGACGACCACUCGUGUAAACCGGACCAUGAGGCCUGCGCACAACUCCUCAGCACAGUGUUGGACAACCUGGACCGCAAAGACGUGGGUCCAACCAGAGGGCACGUUCAGCUGAUAAUGGAGCGGCUUCUUCGCAGGGUUAAUCGCACCGUCAUCAGCAUGGAAAGAUCCUCCCCUCUCAUUGGACAAUAUCUCGCCUGCAUGACGGCCAUCCUGAAGCAAAUGGAUGACAAGCAUUACGCCCACUACAUCAGCACCUUCAAGACAAGACAGGAUAUCGUUGACUUUCUCAUGGAGACAUUCAUCAUGUUUAAGGACCUGAUGGGAGACGUGUUCCCCGCUGACUGGAUGAGCAUGAACCUGGUGCAGAUGCAGGUCUUCCUGAGGGCCAUAAAUCAGUACUCGGACGUCCUCAACAUGUACUUCCUGGAUCAGGCACAUUUUCAACUCCAGCUGUGGAAUAACUACUUUUAUUUGACCGUGGCGUUCCUCACUCACAAGACACUGCAGCUGGAGUCCUUCUCUCAAGAGAAACGAAAUAAGAUACUGAACAGAUAUGGAGACAUGAGGAAGACUAUUGGGUUCAAGAUCGGAGAUAUGUGGUACAAUCUGGGCCCCCACAAAAUGAAGUUCAUCCCAGCGAUGGUCGGGCCCAUUCUGGAGGUCACGCUGGUGCCUGAGCCCGAAAUAAGGAAAGCCACCAUCCCCAUCUUCUUCGAUAUGAUGCAGUGUGAGCACAACUUCAGCCCCGGACGCACAUUUGAAACCUUUGAGAACGAACUGAUUACAAAAUUGGAUCAGGAAGUAGAAGGAGGGCGAGGGGAUGAGCAGUACAAAGUCCUGCUGGAGAAAACAUUGCUGGAGCACUGCAGACGCCACAGAUACCUGUCUCAGUCCGGAGAGGAGCUGGCUCUGAUGCUCAGCAGCCUGCUGGAGAACCUCCUGGCGUACCGCACCAUCACACAUGACGAGAGUCCGGAGCACCGCAUGAGCUGCACCGUCAACGUGCUGAAUUUCUACAAAGAAGAAAAAAGGGAGGACAUUUACAUCCGGUACUUAUACAAGCUGCGAGACUUGCACCUGGACUGUGAGAACUACACAGAGGCCUCCUACACUCUCCUGCUACAUGCUGAACUACUGGAGUGGUCCGACAAACCCUGCGCACCUCAUCUGAUACCUGGAGACGGGAAGCAUGUAUGGACCCAACAGGAGCUGAAAGAGAGGCUCAUCCAGGAGAUCAUUUGCUAUUUGGACAAGGGCAAGAUGUGGGAGAAGGCCAUUGAGCUGGGCAAGCAGCUGGCCAAGAUGCAUGAGAGCCACAUGUUUGACUUCAUGGAGCUGAGCCAGCUGCUGAAAAAACAGGCCGGCUUCUAUGAAAGUAUAAUGCAUGCUAUGCGGCCACAACCAGAGUACUUUGCUGUUGGAUAUUAUGGCCUUGGACUCCCUUCCUUCCUCAGGAACAAGAUGUUCAUCUACCGGGGGAAGGAGUACGAGUGGCUGGAAGACUUCAGUGUCAAGCUGCUCUCUCAGUUCCCCAACGCAACACGCAUGACCAGCACAGCGCCCCCUGGAGACAACAUCUGCAACUCCUCUGGACAAUACAUCCAGUGCUUUACUGUCAAGCCUGUUCUCACCGUGCCACGCCAGUUUAAAGACAAGGGGGUUCCAGAGCAGAUAUUAAACUAUUACAGAACCAAUGAAGUGGACCAGUUCAGCUAUUCCAGGCCCUUCAGGAAAGGUGAAAAGGACCCAGACAAUGAAUUUGCUACCAUGUGGAUCGAGAAGACGACGUACAUUACACUCUAUCGCUUCCCAGGGAUUCUGAAAUGGUUUGAAGUGAAAUCUGCCACAGUGGAGGAGAUCAGUCCUUUGGCGAAUGCCGUUGAGACCAUGGAGAUGGCCAAUGAGAAGCUGAGUAACCUCGUGCAGCAGCAAGACUGCGAUCGCUCGCUGUCCAUCAACCCGCUCUCCAUGAUGCUUAGCGGCAUCGUCGACCCCGCGGUCAUGGGCGGCUUCUCCAACUACGAGAAGGCCUUCUUCAUAGACACCUACAUCCAAGAGCACCCAGAGGACCACGAGCGCAUUGAGGUCCUUAAACAGCUCAUCGCCCUGCAGAUCCCUCUCUUGGCAGAUGGGAUUCGUAUCCACGGGGAGAAGACAACGGAGCAGCUGAAGCCCUUACACAACCGUCUGAUUACUUGCUUCCAAGACCUUCGGGAGAAAGUGGAGAAGCAUUAUGGCGUCAUAACCUUGCCCUGCUCUCUCACUGAGAGGAAGAAGAGUCGCGUGGGCUCCGUAGUGAUGCCCUACAUCCUGUCCUCCACCCUGCGCCGCAUGUCUACUGUCUCAACCCUCUCCAACGCCUCCUCCGGCCUCUCCAGCGGCUCCGCAUCCUCAGACGGACCCUCCUGCAUUUCCUCCCAAGACAGUUCCUUGUUGUCCCGUCCCAGCGACCGCAGGACCUCGGUUCUGUCCCGCUCAGAGGAGGACAACCGGAUUGCUCGAAAGAACAGGAAGGAAUGGAGCGUGAGUAAAUCCCAGGUCCUUCUGGAAAGGCAAUCGGAUGCAGAUGAGACUCCUCCAGAGAAGCAGCAGAGACCCAAGAGUUUACAAUUAGGAGACCGGCGGGUUACCCUCUCCCUGUUCCACGGUGCUUCAUCCCAGCUCAGCCUGUCUAACCCUCUCAGCCCGCUACCAUCCUCUCCAAACACGCCUCACACACCACGAAGCUCCAGUUAUUCAUCGCUUCUCAGUGACAAUGAUGUCAAUAAUAUUGACACCCCAGGGACACCCCCACCCAUGCCUCCGAAGAAACACCCGCAUGAGAUUGACAACUUUGGGUUUCCUUCCGAGUUCACUCCUCCGCUUCCAAUGAAAAUUGAGAGCAAGCCUCCUCCGCCGCCUCCGAAAACGCGGAAGUCCAUGUGUCCCUCAUACGAGCACACCCCCCACUAAGCCUACACCUACACACACCGCCUUUAAAGUUUCACUAAUUCUCUGAUUUGGCUAGGAUGAAAGCGCAGUUUCAUUUGUGGGAGGAGGAAUGCCACAGUAGGUUACCGAUGCAGGACCAUCUACAUGUGGUAUAUGCAAGAUUUUUAUCAGAAAGAAAUGUUUCUGAUGCAAGUCACUAAUAAUUCCAAGCAGUUUUUAUCUCACGAUUUAGCUCAUGUCUUGUUUUUAAGCUGCGAAGAAGAAUAUAUGUAUUUCUAUGUCAUAAGAGGGUACUACUGCGCAUAAAUGAAUAUAUGAUUUUGGGUACAUAUGGUCACUACAGACUUUGAUUUAUUGUGCUUUAAUGAAACCGUCAUUAGAUGCUUUUUCUUUUUAAAGAAAAGUCAGUAUGUUGUAGAGACUUCAGGGAAAGGAAUGACCAAUGCUGAAAUGAAAUAUUUAGCCUUUAUUUGCUGGAGUGACACUGGAUGAAUUGUUUUCCCCGACAGUAGAUGUUUACCAGCAUUCCAUAUCUGAGCAGGAAAAGCUGCAUUAUAUGAGAGCAGGGAAUAAUAAUGUACAGAAUGUAAUUGUUAGUUUGAAAUGUAGUAAUUUUUGUUUCUGAUGAUGGUGUUCAGUAAUAUUGUAAUGAUCAAACCCAUUUCCCCAAACCACAAUGUUUUAGAGACACUGGAUGGCAUUAAUGAAUGUGAGGCAGAAUAUGCAUUUGUUUUGAUGUUUAUCAUGUCGGCUACUGAAUAUUGUAAUGAUGCUUUCAACUGCGUCAUGUUAAUUUUGGAAGCGAGUUUUGCCUUAAAGGCAUAGUUUGACAUGAGAAAUUUGCUUUUUUUGCGAUGAAAACAUUGAUAACACUCUCACGUCUGCAUGGCAUAAGGUAUACAUGUAGCUAGGUCCUGCCUUCAAUUAGCUUAGCUUAGAUUAGCAUAAAGACUGGAGAAAUGAAAAUACAGCUUGCCAGGCUCUGUGUAAAGGUAACAAAAGCUGCCUUCCACCACUGAAGCUCACUAAUUAGCAUGCUUACUUGUUUGUUUAAUGCUUACAAAACCCUUAGUGUAACAAUUAUAGCCUACUAGGGUUUUACAGGAAGUUUCACACUGAGCCAAGCUUUAUGCUAAGCUAACAGACAAGCUGCCCAUGCUACAUACCCCAACCCAUACCCACUAUAAACGUGAGACUGGUAUUGACUAUCUUAUUGACUGUUGCCAUGAAAGUAAAUGAGCGUGCUUCACAAAGUUUCAAUCUGGUCCUUUAAAAAUACCCUGAACGCUGUACGUUACAUGUAUAAAUGCCUUUGAAGUUUACUUUAGUUUUUUAUUUCCGGUCUUGGCAAAUUAACUUUUUUAAAUAAAUUCAUUAUUGACAUUUAAGUUAUUCAUUGAAUUUGAAUAUGCUGAUCUUUUGUAUUUUCACACCCAGUGUGUAAAUGGUAGAUUUUCUUGCAUCAUAAAUUGAGUUUUAUCUCAACCUAGGCUAUCACUUUACCGUUUUCAGUUUAACACUUUUAAAAGAAGCAAUACAAUUGAUGUGCCUUCAGACUGAUAAAUCUAUGCAUAUAAGCUGUUUUGAAAGAAUGAUCAAACUUAAUCAUUAAGUUAUUUUUAUUUUAGAUUGUUUUACAAGGGAUUCGCUUUUUUCGUACGGUACUCAUUUCCUAACAAGCAUCAAAUAUUUUAUACAAACAAUGCCUCAAGAGAUAUAUUAUGAUCUUUUUUAUGAACAAGCUGUUGUUGACUGAACAAAAAUAAAGAUUUAUUGAAUGAC